AUGGCUCUGCUCCGCCUCCACCUCCACCUCCACCUCCACCUCCACCUCCCGAGGCCUCCGCUGCCCGCCCGCCGCAACCCCGCCCUCCCUUCCGCUCUCUCCUCCUCCACCACGUCGUGCUUAUGGCGCGGCCAUCUUCCUGCCUCGCGCCUCCUCUGCUCCAGUCGCCCCGCCUCGCCCCCGGACGACGCCUCCGCCGCCCCGCCCUCCAUCGUCGCCGGCCUCCUCGACUACCUCAACGAGUCAUGGACGCAGUUCCACGCCACAACUGAGGCCAAGAGGCAGCUGCUCGACGCGGGCUUCAAGCUGCUCAGCGAGAGUGAUGACUGGGACCUUCAGCCCGGCGGCCGCUACUUCUUCACGCGCAACAUGUCCUGCUUGGUCGCCUUUGCCAUCGGGGAAAAGUACAGAGUUGGGAACGGUUUCAACAUAAUCGCAGCCCACACUGAUAGUCCCUGUCUCAAGCUCAAACCCAGGUCUGCCACCAUCAAAUCUGGCCACCAGAUGGUCAAUGUGCAGACGUACGGAAGUGGUCUGUGGCAUACAUGGUUCGAUAGAGAUCUAACUUUGGCUGGGAGAGUCAUCCUCAAGGCUACAGAUGGUUCCUUUAAGCAUAAGCUUGUCAAACUCACCAGGCCGCUGAUACGUGUACCUACGCUGGCUAUCCAUCUUAACCGCACAGUGAAUACUGAUGGGUUCAAGCCUAACCUAGAGACUCAUCUUGUUCCACUUCUUGCAACAAAACAUGAAGACACUACAAAUUCUGAUGACAAAAGCUCUAGCUCUACAAAAGUCACCCACCAUCCACUACUUUUGCAGAUUCUCUCAGAGGAAAUAGGUUGUGACUCAGAUGAAAUAAUUGGUAUGGAGUUGAAUGUAUGUGAUACCCAGCCUAGUUGCCUUGGUGGGGGAAACAAUGAGUUCAUCUAUUCUGGAAGACUGGAUAAUCUUGCUUCAUGUUAUUGUGCUCUCAGAUCUCUCAUGGACUCUUCCAAGAUGGCAGAACAAUUAUCCAAUGAGAAGGCCAUAAGAAUGGUUGCUAUGUUCGAUAAUGAGGAGGUGGGUUCAGAUUCAAUGCAAGGGGCUGGUGCACCAACCAUGUUCCAGGCUAUGAGACGAAUCAUCGAUUCCUUGAUGCAUCAGUCGAUGGGGGAGGGAGCUUUGGAACGUGCAAUACAUUCUUCAUUCCUUGUUUCGGCAGACAUGGCUCAUGCUCUGCACCCAAACUAUGCCGAAAAGCAUGAAGAGUGCCACAGACCAGAACUACAGAAGGGACUUGUCAUCAAGCACAAUGCUAACCAACGUUAUGCCACAAGUGCUGUUACAGCUUUUCUCUUCAAAGAAAUAGCAAGGAUUCAUAAUCUUCCGGUUCAGGAAUUUGUUGUAAGGAAUGAUAUGGGAUGUGGCUCCACCAUUGGACCCAUACUUGCUUCUGGUGUUGGCAUACGGACUGUAGAUUGUGGUAUCCCUCAGCUUUCGAUGCAUAGUGUACGAGAAAUGUGUGGUAAAGAAGACGUGGACACAACAUACAGACACUUCAAAGCUUUUUUCGAGAUGUUUUCUGAUAUCGAUAGGAAGUUAAAUGUAGAUUUUUAA